GUAAAAUGUUAAUACACACCAAAAUAUUUCAAAUAUACAGAUACGGCCAGAUACGACAAAACUAACACAAUAUUUGAAAUCUAUGAAAAAUUUUAGACUGAAAGGAGGUAUAAUUUUUAAAAUUUUAGAAUCGCAACGCUAAAUAUGUCAUCCUUUAAUAAGUCCUUGCCGCUUCUGUGGGGGCCCAAGGGGUUCUUGAAUUUCGUCUAGGGGGUAUCCAAAAUUUUGGCAUUGAUUUUUUUCAUCGUAAUCUUUGAAAUAGAUUUUAGACAUUCUCGUCCCCAGAGCUUUUUGGGAUUAAAACCACAUUAAACCUUAUUAUUUCGAGUUUAUCUUAAAGAGCUUUGGGGUCGAGAUUUUAGAAACACUUCAUUUCCACUUAUUUUCUAGAUCAAAAUUUUGCAAAUGUUCGGGCCGCUAUACCAUGUUAUUUUUUUAAGGAAAAUUCUCCGAAAUAGAACACAAGUUGGGCUAAAAUUUUUUUAUAUAUAUCCAAGCUAAAACGAUAGAAUUUAUUGCACAAAUUUGGGAAAACAUGUUAUAUGCCCCUCCGAAACUAUGUAACAAAUUAUUUUUCAUGCUGUAAACUUUUUUUCACCACUUUUUUUACUUUUAAAUAUUAUGUUCUGUAUUUGAAAUAUUCUGCUGUGCGUUUCAAAUAUUUUGUUUUGUAUUGCCCCGAUUCGGCCGCCAUAGCUUCGCCUGUUUCUGCAUGGUGCGCAUAAAACAGUUGUAUUAAGAAUUCAUUAUGUUUCACGCUUCGGUUCACAUUAACACUGUGUUUUUACGGGAAUUAAAAGCAGCGUUACAGUCAAGACGAAAAAUACGCGAUAAAACGAUAAAACAUGGCUGCUAUAUCUUUGUUUCAAUUGGCCGUUCUUUUACUGUCCAUUCCCUUGGUGUCCACUUUAACUCAUCCGCUGCCAGAUGAAACGAGCAAUUUAUUACACGAUGUAAUAAAAUGCGGAACGGGAAAAGAGUUUAAAUGGAAAAAAACAGAUUCCGAAGGCAAAGAUAUCAAAUUAACUUAUUCUUGUGGUGAUGAACCAGAACAAAUGAAAACAUAUUCAUGUCAAAAAGGUUACAAAGCACAUUCAAAAAGAGAUCAAGUAUGUAAUCCUGGACCUGAUCCCAAUUUUGGAAUAUUUCGCGAAGGAAAAGAUCCCAACAUCAUGGACACGGCACGAAUCGUGUAUUUCUGCAUGAAAGACAGUGAAAAUACUUUACUGCCAUGUUAGUUCCUACCCUAUCACGCUGUAGCUACAAAUCUUUCCUUCUUCGCAUUUGUAUAAAGUCAAGAAGAAUUCGCGUUCGAUAAAACACUUCCCGGCAUAAACAAGUUUGAUUAGGCGAUUCAUUUAAUUAAUUCUCUAUCCAGGAUACCAUAAAGUGACUUGCAAUUACGUUAUUAAUCAAGACAUAAAUUGUUAUGUAUUAAAAACGUUUUUAUAAGGUAAUUUUCAAAAAAGUCGUGCAUUUUUAUACUUUAUAUUCCAUAUUUAUACAUCUGUCACGCUCCUGUAUACUUUAUGCAUUCAAAGAGA